AUGGGCUCCCUCAGUGCCUUCUACUGUGUCUUGGGAUACGUGGGUGCCCUGGCCCUAGCCAGCUUCACAGUAUCUUUCCUGGCCAGGAACAUCCCUGACACCUUCAACGAGGCCAAGUUUCUGACUUUCAGCAUGCUGUUGUUCUGCAGUGUGUGGCUCACCUUCCUGCCUGUCCUCCACAGUGCCAAGGGUAAAGUCCUGAUGGCUGUGGAGUUCUUCUCUGUCUUGGCCUCCAGUGGAGGCCUCCUCGGCUGCAUCUUUGUCCCUAAGUGCUACAUCAUCUUGAUAAGAUCUCAGAGAAAUUCUCUGUCCAGAUUCAGAUGCAUUCUGCUGGUCAAAGACAUGCUAGCACUGAAGAAGUUUCACAUCCAAUUGGAUGUGUACCUUGACCUUAAACAUCUACAUGUGGUCAGUUCCUCUGAAGAUGGCAGACUCAUUUGCAGAGAGAAAUCUGUGGCACACAGCAGGGGAGAUGUGGUGAUUGCUGGAUUUUUCCCCCUUUAUUCUUGGGAAUUUGUUCGGAACAUUAACGAUCCUGGCGAGCAGCAACAGAGCCUACAGAUGAACUUACAGAAAUACCAAUUGCUUCUUACCCUGGUGUUAGCUGUUGAGGAGAUCAACAAGAAUGCCCAUCUGCUACCCAACAUGACUCUGGGGUUUGAGAUCUAUAAUGAGAAUUUCAAAGAUGCUGAUAUGUUAGAGAAUCCUCUCAUCUGGCUCUCUGGGAUGAAUACAAACAGCCCUAAUUACAACUGCAGAAGAGACAGCAAAGCUUUAGCAGUACUCACAGGAACCUCAACCAUAUCUGUCCCAAUUGGGACACUGCUAGACCUCUACAAACUACCACAGUUCACGUUUGGGAUAUUUGAUCCUCUCCUGAAUGUCCAUGGAAAGUUCAGUACUGUCUAUCAGAUGGCUGCCAAGGACUCAGCUCUAGCUCUGGCCAUGGUAACCUUGAUGCUUCAUUUCAGCUGGACAUGGGUGGGACUGUUCACCAAUGAAGAUGACUAUGGUGUGUGGUUCCUCUCAGAAUUGAGAGAAGAGUUGUACAAAAAUGGAGUCUGUUUGGCCUUUGAGAACAUGAUCACUUACACUGCACUUGCAGAUUUAUCAAAUGAUCUACGGAUGCAUCGCCAGCUGAUGGAUUCAUCAACCAAUGUGAUUAUCAUUUAUGGGGACAAUACCUUAUCCAAGAACUCAGGAGAUUACUCCCUUCCCAAGUCAUGGAUUCAGUCUGUUUAUUGCCUACUGAUUAAGUCUGACUGCAGAGACUUGGGGCACUGUUCAUACAAUGCCACACUGGAUUGGUUGCUGAGGCACAUUUUUGACAUGACCAUGUCAGAAGAAAGUUACAACAUCUACAAUGCUGUGUAUGCCUUGGCCCACGCCCUCCACCAGAUGUUUCUUCAUCACAUAGAAGAGCCACCAGUGCACAAUGGGAAACCAAGGGCAUUUAUCUCUUCACAGCUGCAUCACUUUUUGAAGAAGAUCCAAUUUAUCAAUCUUGUUGGAGACCAAGUGGUUUUGAAUGAGGAAAGGAAAUUGGAGGCAGAGUAUGACAUUAUGAGCUUUUGGAACUUUCCUAAAGGUCUGGGACAAACGGUGAAAGUUGGCAAAUUUUCUCCAUUUAGGCCACAUGGUCAACAACUGAUUUUGUUUGAAAAUCUGAUAGAGUGGCCCAUAGGAAUUACCAAGAGUCCUCAGUCUGUGUGCAGUGAGAGCUGUGGUCCUGGAUUCAGGAAAGCCUCUCUGGAGGGAAAUGCUACCUGUUGCUUUGAUUGUACUCCUUGCCCAGAGAAUGAGAUUUCUAAUAUGACAGACAUGGAGCAAUGUGUGAGGUGUACAGAUCAUCAGUUUGCCAGCACUCAGAGAAACCAAUGUCUGAUGAAAACUGAGAGCUUCCUAGCUUAUGAAGACCCCUUGGGCAUGGCUCUAGUAUGCAUGGCUCUCUGCUGCUCUGCAUUCACAGCUGCUGUUCUUUGGGUGUUUAUCAAGCACCAAGACACUCCCAUUGUCAAGGCCAAUAACUGGGUCCUCAGCUAUAUCUUGCUCAUCUCCCUCAUCUGCUGCUUCCUCUGCUCCUUGCUUUUCCUUGGCCGUCCACACACAGUCACCUGCAUCCUCCAGCACACCACAUUCGGAGUGGUCUUCACCAUGGCUAUUUCCACUGUCCUGGCCAAGACCAUCACUGUGGUUCUGGCCUUCACACUCACUGCUCCAGGAAGAAGGGCGAGGAAGAUGCUGGUGUCAUGGGUUCCUAACCUCCUCAUCCCCAUCUGCACCCUUAUCCAGAUGAUUCUCUGUGGCUUAUGGCUGGUAACCACUCCUCCCUUUGUGGACACAGAUGUGCACUCUGAACAUGGCCAUGUCAUCAUCCUGUGCAACAUGGGGUCCCUCACUGCCUUCCACUGUGUCCUGGGAUACCUGGGCACCCUGGCCCUGGCCAGUUUCAUGGUGGCUUUUAUGGUCAGGAACCUGCCUGACACCUUCAAUGAGGCCAAAUUCCUAACCUUCAGCAUGCUGGUGUUCUGCAGUGUGUGGCUCACCUUCCUGCCUGUCUACCACAGCACCAAGGGGAAGGUCAUGGUGGCUGUGCAAGUCUUCUCCAUCUUGGCCUCCAGUGCAGGGCUUCUUGGCUGCAUUUUUGCCCCCAAGUGCUACAUCAUCUUGAUAAGACCUGAGAGAAAUUCUCUGUCCAGGAUCAGGGAGAGAUCACGUUCUGGAAGAAACAAACAUUAA